GCUCCCCGCAGCGCAGCCGCCAUCACAGCCCUCGCCGCGCGGGGCCUCUCCUGCGCCCGGGCUGUCCGCCGCGCUGCCUGCGCCGGCCCUGGGCGGGUCCUCCAGAUCAAGGACGCCGCAGCCCGCCGAGGGCGAGAUGCCGGAGGCCCCACCACUGCUGUUGGCAGCCUUCUCACUGGGCCUGGUGCUCCUGGCGCUGGUGCUGUGCCUGCGACGCUGGGGCUUGGCCAUACCCUUUAUCUACUGGCACGAGCUGGUCGUGCAGCCCCUCUACAACCUGUUCAUGGGCAACACCAAGGAGCAGCGCAUCCUGCACCAUGUGCUGCAGCACGCAGUGGCCGGGGACCCACAAAGCGUGCUGAAGGCCAUCGAUACCUACUGCUUGGAGAAGGAGUGGGCUAUGAACGUGGGUGACAAGAAAGGCCAGAUCUUGGAUGCGGUGGUGCGGGAGCAGUGCCCGCGGGUGGUGCUGGAGCUGGGCGCCUACUGCGGCUACUCGGCCGUGCGCAUGGCCCGCCUGCUGGAGCCCGGGGCCCGCCUGCUCACCAUUGAGAUCAACCCGGACUACGCCGCCAUCACCCAGCAGAUGCUGGACUUCGCGGGCCUGCAGGACAGGGUGUGUUGCUGCCCCAGGGUCACCAUUGUGGUCGGGGCAUCCCAGGACUUCAUCCCACAGCUGAAGAAGAAAUAUGACGUGGACACGCUAGACAUGGUCUUCCUCGACCACUGGAAGGACCGGUACCUGCCGGACACGCUCCUCUUGGAGGAGUGUGGCCUGCUACGGAAGGGGACAGUGUUGCUGGCCGACAACGUCAUCUUCCCGGGAACACCAGACUUCCUGGCGUAUGUGCGCGGGAACAGCCGCUUUGAAUGCACACACUUCACCUCGUACCUGGAAUACUCAAAGGCAGUGGAUGGCCUGGAGAAGGUUGUCUACGUGGGCCCGGGCAGCCCAACACAGCCUUGACCACCCACCCUGCUCCCGAUCCCUUGCCAAGCCUGAGGGCACAAGGGAUGCGCCCCUGCCAACCCGCUUUUGCAGUUCUGGGGUCCAGUGUAGCACGCUUGAGGUGUAUGAGCCCAAAGCCUGCCGGCCCUGGCCCCUCUCCAUGGCGACUCCAGGUUGUCACCCCUGGUCUACCCCAAGUGUGGCCCGCUCACCAUACACAAUCAUUGCAAUAAAUCUGUAAAGUAUGUUUGUAAAUACCAAAUCAGGACGGGUGGUGCCCAGGACAGUGUCUUUUGCUCCCACCAGCAUUUCAAUCAAUAGGGUUUCUUACGCAGAUGGGUCUUCAGGCAUCGACAUAUGCAGUAGACGCUGGAAGUGGGAACCCGUGGAAACUGUUGAGCUGUGCACUCGCAGUCUGUCCUCGAGGUUUGCUGUCACCAGGUGGCAGCAAUGCCUCAGUGAUGGCACCGUGCCCAACAACUCACACCCACUUGUGAUUCCUGAGUUCUUUCACCUUUUUAAGAAUGAAAUGUACCUUCUUUACUAAAAUCAGCUCACUACUACUAAUCCUGUAUACCAGUAUCAUGUUUAAAAGAUGCUAAAAGAGAAAUUAAAAUUUUAAAUAUUUAAAUAGA